UCCAACUGACAAAAAAAAAAAAACAUGGAUCCCGACUCGAAGCAUUGUGGUAAAUGUAGUUUCACUUAUAUCUGUCGCUAUGACGGGUUCACGUUGUGAAUUCGAGAUGACAUCGAAAUGAAACGACACAGCACUUCUUAAGUUUCACCUCUUCGCAGUUUUCUGAUUUACUCAGCGCACAUUUCCAAUCUCUACCACCCGAGCAGUUGAAGCGGACGCGAGGGAUUGUGGAGCUUGUAGGAAAAACAUCGACGAGCGGUAGAAAAACUACAACUCCCGUACUCCACCUCUGUCUGGCUGCGUUACACCGUUCAUGGCGUCUGGUCGAAGGCUAAAGACGGGUCGCCUUCCGACAAACCGAUAACGCCGUUGACUUUAACGGUGUUCGUGUUGACCGUCUCGGUGUGACACGAUGGAGGUGGAGAGCGUCAGAGUGGACGACGAGAGGCGUCUUAACCUGCUGAGGUUCGAGGCCGCGGUCAAAGUGAUCAAGAGCCUGGCCCCGGAUGGUCCCUUUCAGCCCUCCAAUGACAUGAUGCUCAAGUUCUACAGUUACUAUAAACAAGCCACUGUGGGCUCGUGCAAUAUACCCCGACCUGGCUUCUGGGACGCGGUUGGCAAAGUGAAAUGGGAUGCAUGGAGUUCUCUUGGAGACAUGCCAAAAGAAGAAGCGAUGGCCUCCUACGUUGAUGAGAUGAAGCUGAUCCUGGAGGGGAUGCCCAUGACGGACGAGGUGGAGGAGCUCCUGCGCGUCCUCGGCCCGUUCUACGAGCUGAUCGACGAGAAGAAAAAGAUCACGCAGAUAUCCGACCUGAGCACAGGGUUAGGCACAGUGUUGAAUUCAAGGCCAUCGAAGAGCAUCGCAAAGAGCAUCGUCAGAACGAUGGAAAUGAACGGCACCCUGGAGACUCGUCCGGCCAGGCUGAAGUCAGCGGAAGAAUCACAUGAAGAAGAAGAGGAGGAGGGGGAGGAUGUGGAGGAAGAAGAAGAAGAAGAAGAAGAGGAGGAGGAGGAGGAGGGAGAAGUAGUGAUACGGGAGGUCAGAAAAGACAAGAAAUCCGCAACUUCACAGCCAAAGAAGAAAGGUUCAGCCAGGAGGCACAAAGCGCCCCUGUCGAACGGCAAAGUGGCCAACGGGGUCACCCACCUCACCAACGGCAACCAUUCCAUGGCCGCCGCGAACAACGGCAUCUCCCCGGAGGGGUCGGUCGGAGAGACCCUGCUCAAUGGUCACCACGCGGAUCCCGAUGUCGAAGUGUCUGGUCCGAGCCACCUGGCCAGCGACUCAGACAGCGAAGUCUACUGUGAUUCUGUGGACCAGUUCGGCCAAGAAGAGAGCUCGGAGCACAACCGCUCUUCGGACGACCUGGACGAAGAGGAGAACCACGUCCUGCCGGCUCUGGAGGAGCCGCAGACGGAUGUUCACGGUGCACCGCGGGGCAUCGUGUGUGGAGGAGAAGAUGGAGAGAACGGUGGAGAGAUGUCACAGAGACGGAGGCUGAAUGAAGACCGGCCGGACAGCUCUUUGGUCAGAAGAGGAGGGGGCUCUCGUGGCGGCGGCUCUGGAUCUCUGAUGCCCACGUACGGGGGUGGAGAUGGGGACGGGGACCCCUGGGGAGGAGCCGUGACGCCUGGAGGGAGCCUGAAUGAGCAGAUCGUGGUGGCGUUGGCCAGACUGCAGGAGGACAUGCAGAGCGUUCUGGAGAGGCUGCAGACCCUGGAGGCUCUGACCGCGAGCCAGGCAAGAUCAAUGUCUCUGCCUCCAACGUACGCAUCAACCCUGGGGAAUAAGAGGAGUCAGAAACCGUCCUGGUGGCCUUUCGACAUUUCUCCGACCAGUUUGGCCUUCGCCGUUAUUUGGCCGUUCGUGGUGCAGUGGCUUAUUCGCCUGUACCUGCAGAGGAGGAGAAGGCGGAUCAACUGAACCGGCUCUCGCACAAACACCAAAGGGCCCAGACGACGAGGAGGAGUCCUCUGCACGUCUUUGGUUGGGUUGCUAACGGCUGUAACUCCCCCCCCCCCUCCCCCCCCUUGCUUACACUCACAGCCCAGUAUUUAGCUUUUGCACUGUGAAGAAGGCCUCUAGUGUGGCAUGAGAGCGAGAGGAAGAUGUGCUGUGGAUGUGGAAUCGGAAACAAAGAAACAUGAAUGUGAUUAUACGAGCUUUUCAAGACUGGGCGCUUAGUGUCUGUAACGACUGGUUUGUGUCGAGAGGGGGAACUUACAUAUGUGCCGUGGUCAGCGUGUUUAUAAACCUCUCAUUUACUUCCAUAA